AUGCAGAGUACCUCCACCAGCCGUAGUGCGGUGACAAAUAGCGGGAAACCAAGGCCAAUGGUGAAACCGGGCCAAGCUCUCGCAAAAACGAAGGAAAGUGGCGGUGGGGUUGCUCAAAGGAGUCCACCCCGGGAAACUCCUGGCACCAGUGGAUGCCAACCUGGCAUGCAGAUUGCAGCCGGGGAUAAGGCUGAAUCUGGGCCGCAGGCCACGGGCGGUCCUCCCGCGACACCAACGGCCUUCACGAGGCCUGACCAGAGGCCAGAACCAGCUGCAGCGGGCUAUCGACAGAGGAAGCUGGCUGCUCGAAUCCAGCAAAGGUUCACCGCAACGCCUGACCUGUAUAGCAAGGCGAAAGAAGAGCAUGUGAAGGAGAUCCUCACAGAAAUCGACUGGGCAAAGGCAGUCCUGCCCGACUACCGCAAGCCGGAGGAGAAGCAGCCGCAGGCGUCCUCCAGUAAGCGCAAUAGAUCGGGGGAAAAUACGCUCAACCAUGCAAAGAGGGUCAGAACGCAGGGGCCUUCUUUUGCUGAAGUAGCCAAGGAGCAGAUCCUGCUCGGCGUCAUUGAUGAGAGCAAUGAAGACAGCCUCACCCUGAGGCAGCAAUGGAAGUGGGUUAAGGCCGCGAUGGCCGACAUUGCUAUCAACAUUAUGUUGGAGAAUCCGGGACCUCCGCCAACCUGUAAGGGAGCGGGGUGGUUCCAAAAUAACCUCCGCGUUAUAGCAUGCGAGGAUGCUAGAUCAGCGGAGAUCUAUAAGAAAACAGUCGCAGGUAUUGGAGAAGUCUACCCUGGUGCAAAGCUCAGGGCGGUCGACUUCAAGGACCUACCGGUGCGACCGAGAGCGAGAGCAUGGUUGCCUUGCAAGCCAGCGGAGCCAGAAAGGAUCCUGCAAACCAUAAGGCUCUAUAGCCCGGAGCUACCUACCGAUAAUUGGAAGGUGGUAAAAAUUACCGAAAGCGGUAAAGCGACGAUGCAGGUUGUCCUGCUUCUAAAUAAGGACUCCAUAGAGUUGUUGGAGCAAAAGAGCGGGGUUAUACGUUACGGCUGUGACAUGGCCAAAAUUAAGGUCUGCAGCAACGACGUAAACGCAGCGAAGAACCUGAUCGCGGAGGUAGAGCCGGAAGAGGCCAACAGCGACGUGGAGAUGGAGGAAGAAUCCUAGCAGGUUGAUCCGAUGGACGACCUGACCGGGGGUUAUGCCUCAUCGACGUCUUCGCUGGGGGUCGGACGCAUGCUUCGGCUUUAUACGGAGGAGGAGUUGAUCGAGAUGUCGGAAGACGCGGUCAACUCCACCCUAAUAGGCGACGUGGGCGGUAAUGGCCAAUAUGGUGAAGGUACUGCAGAUUAACCUUCACCACUGUAAAGCAGCUUCAGCUGCACUGCUGCUCCAUCUAACAGCUAAAGGGGCAGCCGACAUCGUCCUAAUCCAAGAACCUUGGGUGGUGGGACAAAACAUUUGUGGGCUGAAAGCGCCGGGCUACAGACUGCGACGAGGACA